AUGUGCUCCCGCCAGGACAAGGACCAGUGCCACAGGCAGGAGCGCUACACCGGCCAGAGCAGCGGUGGCUGCCACAGCAGCGGUGGUGGUGGCUGUCACAGCUCCGGCGGCGGUGGCGGCUGUCACAGCUCCGGCGGCGGUGGUGGCUGUCACAGCUCCGGUGGUGGCGGUGGGGGCUGUCACAGCUCUGGUGGCAGCGGUGGUGGCUGUCACAGCUCCGGUGGUGGCGGCUGCCACAGCUCCGGCGGUGGUGGCUGCCAUGGGAAGCCACAGGUCCAGUGCCAGCAGCAGCAGCAGCAGCAGCAGCAGGUCUACCAGCUGCCCUCGCAGAAGCAGAAGUGA